ACUCAUCCAAUCAUUUACCCCGGUGCAUGACAGUUGUUUUCUGAAAAUUCAUCGCAAGGUGUAAACUAUUUUGCAACUUUUUAUUGUUUGUUAACAUUGCAUUAUUAAACAAUGUUCCGUAACCAAUACGAUAGCGACGUAACGGUAUGGAGUCCACAAGGUCGUUUACAUCAAGUAGAAUAUGCAAUGGAGGCUGUAAAAUUAGGAUCAGCCACUGUUGGUCUUAAAAAUAAGACGCAUACAGUCCUUAUAGCGUUGAAACGAGCCUCUUCUGAACUUUCAGCGCAUCAGAAAAAAAUUAUUCCUAUAGACAAACAUAUGGGAAUAUCAAUUUCAGGUCUAACAGCAGAUGCUAGAAUGUUAAGUCGAUACAUGCGAACUGAAUGCUUAAACUACAAAUAUUCUCAUGAUGAUGUAUUACCUGUGAGUCGUUUAAUGGCAUCAUUAGGAAAUAAAUUACAAACUUGUACUCAAAGAUAUGAUAGAAGACCCUAUGGUGUUGGCUUACUAAUAGCUGGAUAUGAUGAUAAGGGGCCUCAUAUUUACCAAACAUGUCCUUCAUCAAAUUUCUUUGAUUGCAAAGCAAUGGCUAUUGGUGCACGUUCCCAAAGUGCUCGAACGUACCUAGAGAAACAUCUGAGUGAAUUCAUGUCAUGUGACCUUGAUGAACUUGUAAAGCAUGGUCUUCGUGCUUUAAGAGAUACAUUACCCAAUGAAGUUGAUUUAUCAGUGAAGAAUGUUUCUAUUGCUGUAGUAGGAAAGAAUACAGAUUUUAUAGUAUUUGACGAAGGAACAACCUCUAUUUACUUAUCGCAAAUUGAAGAUGAUAAACGUGGAAGACCAACUGAACCUGAUUCAGAACAAGAUUCAAGACCUCCACAACCACCACCAUCUGAUGAAGGUCCACGAGAUCCACAAGUUGCAGUUGCAAUGGAUACUGAUUAAAUAUAUUGUAAUAUAUUUUAUGCAAACAUAAAAGAAGAAUACGCAUUUUGUGUUUAAAAUUUGUAUCUUUACUAUUCAUAUCAUUUUUAAUACAAUAGAAGUUAUUACUGGGU